AUGUUGUUGCGUAGGAACGGCCAUAAUUGGCGGCAACCCUUUCCUUCGCUUCCUACCUCCGCUCCUUGCUCUUCCUCCUCCAACUCCACCCCCGCCAAACCAAAGCAAUUCUCGGUCAGGUCCGCCCCGUCGCCACCGAAAAGGCGGGAGAGCAGGCGGCCGGUUUCAAUAUCUCUGUUUCUCUCUCACUUCCUCCUUGCACCCAAAUAUAAACAUCUAACCAUUCCAGAAACAACUUUGGAAGUUGAUGAUAAACCAGAAUAUGCAACUUGCAGAUCCCCAUUAAGUUCCGGUCCGGAUGCAUCUCUGCGAGUAAAUAUCCGAGCUGUGGCACAGCAUGCUUCUGAUGCUGGGAAUGGCGAAAAUGCUUUCAAAGACGUCGAUCAAUGUCUAAGAGUAUUAGAGGAACUAGAUUCCUUGCUUCUACAUGCCUCAAGAAACAAGCCAGAUGCCUCGGUAAAAGCAAUGAAGGCGAAGAUUGGUACUGCCCUCAAUGCACUCGACAGCCUGCUUAAAACAGUUCCAUCUCAUGUAUUAAAUCAAGCCGAGGAAAUUGACGAUGCCCAUGGAGCCCCUGAUGAAGACAACUCCCAGCUGCCUCGGGAAUUAGACCCGGAAAUGAAGCAAUUGGAAUCAAUACUAUAAUUACAUGCAUUAUUUACAUGAAAACAUAUAUAGUCACAGAUCCACCCUUGAAUGAGGGUGGAUAAAUGAUCACCUUGAAAUUCAAAUUUCCUUCAUAUAAUUAUCUGUUUUACUCCACCUUGUACAAAAAUCAUGUUACUA